AUGCUCGCGCGACCACUUACUGUGACGAGAGGAGGGUGGCGCCUGGGCCGGGCCUUCCACGCCGCUGCUCAACUGCGAGUCGGCACAGGUGACAAGAUCCCAGACAUCGACCUCGUGGAGAAUUCGCCAGGGAACAAGGUCUCACUCGCCACGGAGCUCAAAGGGAAGGGCGUGAUUGUGGGCGUGCCUGCAGCGUUCAGCCCCUCCUGCUCAGCAAAGCAUAUCCCUGGCUACAUCAAGUCGCCGCAUCUCAAAGAUGCUGGACAAGUCUUUGUCGUUUCGGUCAACGACCCAUUCGUGAUGAAGGCGUGGGCCGAGAACUUGGAUCCAGGAGCGGCAAGCGGAAUUCGUUUCCUCGCCGACCCCCACGCGGCCUUCACCAACGCUCUCGAUCUGGCCUUUGACGCCACGGCCAUCUUUGGCCAACCACGUUCGAAGCGGUAUGCCCUGACGGUCAAGGACGGCAAGAUCGAUGGAGUUCAUGUCGAACCAGAUAACACUGGCGUGGACGUCUCUGCUGCGGAAAAGGUGCUGAAGUAG